AUGGAAAAAAAGAUACUUUUAUUUCUUUUAAUUCUAUCCAUUUCAUUUAAUAAUUAUUUUGUCUCAUCAACAUCAUCGUCAUCAUCAUCAUCAAGUGAAUGCCAUCAAAAGAUUUUUAGCGUUUCAGAAGUUAACCCAUACAAUAUUAAUAGUUUAGUUGUUAUUCAAGGUAUUUUUUGUUUAAAUAGUACAGAAGGAAUUAAAGUUUCACUCAAUGUACCAGAAGAAGGAUCAAAUAUUUCAUAUGGAUUAGAUUGUGAUGAUAGUUUAACAAUUGAUUCAAUUGGUGAAACCAUUACAUGUAGAUUAUCAGAUAAUUAUAGUGGUAAAAAUGCAGUAAACUUUACAACAUUGGCAAUUGUAAUGGUUUAUACACCAAUUCCAGUACCAACACCAACACCAUCAAAAACUCCAACAAAACAAAUUGCUGUUGGACCAGUACCAGUAUUAGGAACUAGUAAAUAUAUAUUCACAAACAGUAGUUGUCCAAGUGGUUGUUCAGAAAAUGGUUUCUGUGAUGUUGGAAAUACAUGUAGAUGUAACCAAAACCAAGCAUCAUUUGAUUGUAGUGUCAGAGUUUAUAACCAAACUUCAUUACCAUCACCAAUAGUCCAAGCAUUUAACACAUUUUCAAUGAGUUCAUCAAAUGAGCAAUUCAGUGUUGUUCUAUCACAUAUCAUUGCAAAUCCUGCUGGUUCAACAUCAGAUAUUUCCAUGGUUAGUCAAUUAUCACAAUAUGCAGUCAGUGGUAAUUCAUCAAGCAAAGUUGGUUUAUCUUUUACAUUGGAUGGUACAACCUAUACAAAUGGUAAACCAUCUUCAAAACCAUGGCUUAACCAAUUGCAAUAUGAUGUUGGCUUCACUUCAGUUGAGGAACCAUCAUUUAGCUAUGAAAAUUACAAAGGUGCCUAUUUACCAUUAUCAUCAUCAGCAGCCACAAUUACUUUAACUCCAACUAUUAAUAUCAACUAUUUACCAACUGUUUAUUAUACAACUAGUGGUGGUGCAACUUAUUCAAUGAUAUUUAAAAUAUCGAAUCAACAUGACUCAAUGAGUGGAUAUUCAAAUGUUUUCUCUGAAACUUCAAAUUCAAUCACAUUAUCAAGUGGAGAUGGUAAAAACUCUUUAAUGGUUAUUAGUUUAUCUGAUAUCUAUAGUUUUAAUCAAACAACCGCACCAAAUCAUGCUUAUCUUUCAUUGCUACCAAAUCCAGGUUCUUCUUUAAUAAGCAAUUAUGAUUCAGAUUCUUUAUAUGUUUCAGUUAAUAUACCAUCAAUCUAUAGUACAAACAAUCAAAAUCCAUAUACAAUUCAAUUGAAUAUCAAUGUUUAUGAUAUUGAUACAUCAUCUCAUUCUAAACUUCCAAAAUGGGCUCUUGGUCUAAUUGUAGGUUUCUCUGUAUUCAUCGGUAUUGUAAUUAUUUUCAUUAUAGCUAAAUACAUUAAAACAAAACGUCAUAAUUAUUCAAGAAUAAAUGAUCAUCAUCAUCAUGGCCAUUAUUAA